AUGAACCUCGGUGAUUCCAGAUACAGAUCAGCCAGCCAAGCUUCACUGCACAGCGCCUAUCAAUCUCAUGAAAGACGUUCCACUACCCCGAGGCUACGGUCUCCGUCUCAACCACGACUACCUUUUCAGAGCUUGAACGAUACUUCUGCUCUCCUCCGCUCUACCGGGCCUCUAGAGAGCAUGCUCAAGACGACAACAGAGACCGGAGAUCUUGGUAUCUACUCCAUCAAUUCUGGUUUACCUUCAAAUAUAUCUCGACCCCCUCGCACAAGAGUCGGUCAUAAAAGGGCGAGGCGGCCAGCUCGCCCUUAUUACGAUGAAGUUAAGGACGGUCCAAUCCGGGACGACCGUAGAUCGCUACCGUCGUAUCGAGACACGACUUCCGAGAUCAUUUCAUUAUAUGGCUCUCCUGGAGUUCCUCAUCCCAGGUCUUUUUCUCCCACGUCGGAAGGCCAGCGAACGUACUCUUUGACAACGUGCAGUUCAAGGCGGGUUCCUUCCUUUAAAUCAUCCGGUACCUUUCACAGUCAACAAAGCAAUAAUGGCCCUCAGCGUCCUCGCUCGCCAUUUCCAUAUCCCACACGUCUGAGACGGCCUGGUGUCCGGCCUUCUUCUCCAGCAGUGACAGAUAAUGGUCUCAUUGAUCACCGGAGAAUGGUUGAGAUUGACAGGUCUUCGCAUCGCAUGAACUACAGUUCUCACAUGCAUAGGGGUUAUCGCAAGCAUCGACGAUACCCUCCCUUGUCCUUGAGGCCCGAAUUCAGUCGAUCAAUGUCUUCAUUACCUCCGCGCUCCUCAUCCGCACCUUAUUACGGUUCAAGGGCCAAUCCGUCAAGAAGACCCAGCGGUGCGGGAUAUCCGCCAUCGAAAUCUCCAUAUCUUCAGUACAUGCCUGGCGACCAAAGUGUUCGAUCUGCCAGUUUGACGUCCAUCGUGGACAUGUAUCACGGAAGGACCCCGGACGAUGCCACACAACCUCUUCGUUCACCAAGCUCGUUCUACUACGAUUAUACUGAAGAGUUUGACAAGGGAUUCCCAUCCGGAUUUGAGUAUGCGUCCCCAAUUGGCUCUCCUCAAGGGCAUACUACCGUCAUAUUGAGGAGAGACGACAUGGAGGAAACAACUACGGCGCCCUCGGCCAGCUUCAAAGGCAGCUUCGGUGCCAAUGUAUGGCAACUUACAUGCGUCCAGUCCUCAGCGGCAAGAAUUUUAUGA